AAGAUUGACCAACAAAUGUAACUUAUCCCACUAUUAUAAAGUACUGUACAAAACUUAGGAGCUUCUUUGUAACAAAGAGAGUUAAGCUUCUUUAAUCAAGAUUUUUGAGAGAUAAAAGUGUAAGAAGAGUGCCAGAAAUGGAUUCAUUGACAGCAAGCUCUGUUUGGAUAACAAUAACCUGUAUAGUAGUCGCGACAGGAUUAAUCAAAGUGGUGAACUGGGUGUGGUGGAGGCCUAAGAAGCUGGAGAGAUUGCUCAGGCAGCAAGGUUUCUCGGGUAAUCCUUACAGGCUCAUGUUCGGAGACCUCAAAGAUCAUACCUCAAUGCGCUCACAGGCCUUGCAAACCCCCAUGAUUGGCUUCUCUCAUGAUUAUUUUUCGCGUGUUGAACCUGUCCGCCAUCAGCUGUUCACCAAGUUUGGAAAGAACUAUUACUUCUGGGCUGGUCCUGUACCGAUACUACAUAUCUCAAAGCCAGAGCUGAUCCGAGAGGCUUUCACGAAGAUGCAUGAAUUUCGAAAGACAAAGGUGAACCCCAUCUUUGAGAAGCUUAUUCCUGGGAUGGUCAGCUAUGAAGGAGACAAAUGGGCCAAACAUCGCAGAUUGAUCAACCCUGCCUUCCAUAUAGAGAAGUUGAAGCUUAUGUUACCAGCAUUUCGCGACAGUUGUGCAGAGAUUAUCAGCAAAUGGGAGAUGGAAGUGCCCGAAUCAGGUUCAGUUGAGCGAGAUGUGUUGCCAGAUAUGAUGAAACUCAGUGCUGAUGUGAUCUCUAGAGCAGCAUUCGGAAGCAACUACGAGGAGGGACAAAAAAUAUUUGAACUUCUCAAGGAGCAGACUGAUAUUACUCUUUCGAUGCUACAAUCUGUUUAUAUCCCAGGGCUAAGAUACUUUCCAACAGCUACAAACAGGAGGUUUAAAGACACUGAUGAUCAAUUACAUGCUUCGCUAUAUGCAAUUAUUAACAAGAGGAAGGAGGCGAUUGAAACUGGAGAAGAGGUAAAGGCUGACUUGUUGGGUAUUCUCUUGGAUUCUAACAUGAAAGAAAUCCAACAAGAAGGUGGUAGUAGCAAGAAUCAACACAAAGGGAUGAGUCUACAAGAGGUUAUUGAUGAGUGUAAACUAUUCUACAUUGCUGGACAAGAAACUACAUCAACACUAUUAGUUUGGACUCUGAUCUUGUUGAGCAAGCACCAAGAUUGGCAAGAACAAGCGCGACAAGAAGUCCUGCAGACAUUCGGAAAAAAUGUGCCAGAAUUUGAUGGUCUAAAUCAUUUGAAGACAGUGAACAUGAUAAUCUAUGAAGUCCUGCGACUCUAUCCACCAGGAAUCCGAAUAACAAGACAUGUUAGUAAAGGUACGAAUCUUGGUGGGCUGUCGAUUCCUCCUGGGACACUGAUCGAGUUACCUAUAUAUUCUGUUCACCGAGAUGAGGAACUGUGGGGUGAUGAUGCAGACGAGUUCAAGCCAGACAGGUUUGCAGAAGGGAUAUCCAAGGCAACAAAAGGGUAUAACUCAUUUUUCACAUUUGGUUCUGGACCAAGAUUAUGCAUUGGGGAAAAAUUUGCUAUAACCGAAGCAAAAAUGGCAUUAUCCAUGAUUCUACAGAGGUUCUCCUUUGAGCUUUCGCCAUCCUACCUUCAUGCACCCAUGACUACUAUGUUUCUAAGGCCUCAACAUGGUGCUCCGUUGAUGUUACACAGGCUUUGAUCGAUAUGAUGGCAUGCUAUAAGUCUAUUCAUACAGUUCAAAUCAGUGCCUAGUAUUUUUAUCUUAGAAAUAUUGUCACUUAUUAGUCCAAUUAUCCAAGAAAGUGCUAAUUUUCCACUA